AUGGGAGUGGAGAACGGGAUUGGAAAGAGCUCGAGUGGAUCAUCGGACGAGCCCAAAGAUGUCCACGAUUCGGCCCACCGUUACACUCCGAUGGCUCCGCUACAGCCAGCGACAUCGCGGUCUUCCAUGUCAGCUUCGAAACUGAAGUCGAAGCUCAAGUUCCACCAUCUUCCGAAACCACCUCCUCGGCGGAAAGUUCCUCGUAGUAGGAAGUCAAACAGCAGAAAGAACGAAAACGGCAGAGUGCGUAGUGUGAUAAAUAGCUUAUCAGAAACACUCAACCGCAAAUCUACUGAUAAUGAUCGCGGAGAUGCCCAUAAUAGCGGUGAUGACCAGAUUGAUAGCGAUGAUUUGGAGGAUCAGGAGUCGGAUCGGUCGAAUUCGUCGAUUCAGAGCAUUAUUUUCAGAGACCGAAUACCGAACUUCCCACUGUCCCAGAACGAGCUUAAUUAUAUAGCAAUGACUCCAGUGGAGCUGGUGGUGGAAAAUCUUCGUGAGUCGAUGAUGUCGGAUGUGCCAAUUCAUCAACUGGAAGUUGAACCCGAGAACUGGGCUAAUGUUGGCUGGUAUAUGCUGUCUAGUAGUGCGCCAAUCAUCGCUGCGUCUAUUGGUCCAUUGGGCAAUCUGUGCUCAACUGCCUCGGUAGCUGAUACUUGGAGAGCCACAGUGACAGAACCAGUUAGGUAUCCAGCGGAUUUCGCUUGGAUUUACGCGCUGAAUGGACUAUCAUUGUUGUUAGGUUGCAUGUCGAAUUUGUCAUUGUAUAUGAACUUCACGGGAUUAAUUAACCACAGAUUGUCACAAACUAUUUCCAUAGGAGGAUGGUAUAUUGCAAGCAUGAUUUUAUUGGGUCUCAUAAUAGCAUCAAAGUACGUUUAUUUCGACGACGACAGCGUACGAGCGUACGAUGGGUUUUGGUUUGGAGUAGUAGCAUGUAUUUUAUAUUUCAUUGGUGCUACUCUACUACUUAUCAACGAAAUUGGCAGGAGAUUAAAACGGUCAGUUGUGCCAUUGUCAAUUACUCAUAUGCAAUCUCGACUGAUGUUUCUUAAUGUAAUAUUUAUAGUGUGGAUUGGAUUUGGAGGAGGUAUUUUUACUGCUAUGAUUCAAGGACUGACUUUUGGUGAUGCGAUGUAUUUUUGCAUGGGUGUAUGCUUAACAGUAGCUGCUGGUGAUAUUCUUCCUAAGACCCAUCUGUCAAGAACUAUAAUCAUAUUCUACGCUUAUAUUGGCGUGUUCCUUAUUGGUCUCAGUGUCGCUUCGAUAAGUGCUGCCAUUGUAGAGUCUAAUGGUACAGCCUUGGUUUAUCGACGGAUCGAACAAGCAAGAAAGAAAAAAUAUGAAAAGCUGGUGGCUGAAAACAAAUUCGAGACGCUAAAGCCAGAAGAUGCGUUUCAUAUUCUAAGACGGAUCCAUCGACGAGAAAUCUCCAAUGCCAACAAUCAGCUAGCAUUCAAGGCGUUGCUGUUGUAUGCAGCAUUUCUUCUUAUAGGAGCGAUGGCUUUUUCACUUAUUGAAGGGUGGUCGUAUUUUGAAGGAAUAUACUUUUGUGGAUUGCUGUUUGUGGCUAAUUCAUUUGGUGAUUUCACUCCAAAAUCUCCAGGAGGAAGAACGUUCUUUGUAGUAUGGGCAAUCGGAGCAGUGCCUAUGAUGACUAUCCUGAUUUCAAGUCUUAGUUCUACUAUCUUUACGUUCAUUACAGAAGAAGGUGAUAGGUUUACUCGACGGCUUGUACGAAUAACAGGGUUCAUUGGCAAUUUGAGUGUAUUUAACAAGGGACUUGGUAGCCAUACAAAGAAAGCAUCACACAAUCCAUUUACAGAGCUCGAAAGACAGGAUUCUAGCAAUGCUGGACUGGUACCGACGAGUCGACCUGGCCAGCCUUUGUUCUUAAAGAGUGCAUCGACAAUGACUAACGACGAGUCUGACGAAUCGUUGUUUAGGUACUGGCCGAGCAGUAUAGAAUCUAAUAGCGAAACUGACAACGAUGGCGAUGACGAUAGUGACAGCGAUACUCCUACACCCGAGGGUCCAGCACAUGAUUCCGAAGGUAAUGUGAAUGAGGAUAUUAUCGAAGACAUUGAAGAAGCCGAGUCGGAGCAUGAAGAAGAGGAAAACGAAAACGAAAACGAAGAUAAUGAGCAGGCGCGUGAGGAAAGAGAAGAAAAACAGGAAUCUCGCAAGGCAAGCGUGGAAUCAGACGAUGAAUUCAACGACGAUGAAGGCGACGAUGACCAACCAGAUAAUGUCGCAGUACGUUUGCCCGAAGAGAGCGAAGAAGGCGAGUCUUUUGAUGGCAGGGUCGAUUAUCCAGAUUCGGAAGUCCUAGUACACAGCGGCGAUGACCCCCACGAUGACGAUUACGAAGACCUCGACAACGACGAAGAUGAACCACAGCAGCCAGAUGAGAAAGACAGCAGUGAUCCUCAAGUGAAUAAAGACUCUGAAUCUGUCCACAAACCGAGUAAUACACGAGAAAAACAAGCAACCGAGAAACCAAACUCUCUAAAAGGCAGGUCACACAUCUCACCGUCAUCCUCAUACAACGAGAAAUCCCCACCAAAAACCACAUCCAAAAGGCCACAGAAACGUGUAGCCCGUCGGUCGUCAUCAGGACGGUCAUCUCCAACAGCCAGAACCUCGUCUCAUUACACAUCCAACGACCUUCAGAAUGCCAAUAUCUCUACAUCCAACCUAUCGAAGAUCCACACACGACGAAUGCUUGUUCUCAUCAAACAAGUGCGGACACUGUCGCGAACACUGGCCCAAUCUCCUGAGACAACGUACUCAUUCAAAGAAUGGAUCCGGAUCCUGAAAGUCGUCCGACUCGAAGUCGGAAUCAACUCGUCACAAUUCUGGCUCUCACCCUUCACACCCCUACGAGUCCCUGUCGUCGAAAGCUGUUUCUUCCUCCUCACCAGUCUAGCGGCCCUGGACGAAGAAGUCUCGCGAAUCAUCCACUUCCAACACGGCAAAGAAGCACCCACCGACCGCAAAGAACGAGUGGGUUGUUUCCGCUACAACCCCUCCCGUCGCCGACGCCGACCACCUUCCUCGUCCUAG